GAGAAAAAAAACGUCAUAGGGUUAGAUCUGAAUCUCUCCUCUUUUUUUAAAAAAAAAACCUGGACCUGUUUGUGGAGUGGCUUGGAAAGACUCACCUGAGAGGACUGGAAGUCCUCCAGAGAGGGAGGAGAACAUGAAAACAGCAGGACAGGCAGCUACAGCAACGUCUACGAGAUGUGUGUGAGAGUGUCAGGGAGAGGACAGAAUCCAUUUAUUCCUUGUCACUGGUCAGAAAAUGAACAUGUCAGCAAGGUUAGUGUUUGGGAAGGGGCGCCUCACUCCCAAGCAGCUCUCCUUCGCUUUCCCUCAAACAGAUUCUCUGAGGAAAGGCGGUCGGUCUGCAGGAGGAAAGAGGAGGAUGUUCUCUUUUUCUCUCAGAUGUCGACUGGGCAUCAUCAGAGGGAGAACCAAAGAUGAAGGACCGUACUCAAAGGGGAGCAAGGAGUCCGCUGCAACUGACCAAUCACAUUCGUCCCAGAGGCGCAGCUUCUCAGCAGAGGAGUACCGUGGAGUGACCACGGUGGACCUGAUGAAAAGGGAAGGCAGCAGCCUUGGCCUCACCAUCUCCGGAGGGUCUGAUAAGGACGGCAAGCCCAGAGUGUCAAACCUACGGCCAGGUGGGCUAGCUGCCAGGAGUGACCAGCUGAAUGUUGGAGACUACAUCAAGUCAGUGAACGGCAUCAACCUGUCAAAGCUCCGCCAUGAUGAGAUUAUCAGCCUGCUGAAGAACAUCGGGGAGCGAGUGGUGCUGGAGGUGGAGUACGAGCUGCCGCCAUUCGUCCAGAACCCCUCAGGAGUCAUAACCAAAACCAUUGAAGUGUGUUUACACAAGGAGGGAAACAGCUUUGGGUUUGUCAUGAGAGGAGGCUUCCAUGAGGACUGGCGCAGGUCUCGUCCUCUGGUGGUUACAUGCGUCAGGCCUGGAGGACCCGCUGACAGAGAGAGCACUUUGAAGGCCGGAGACAGAGUAUUGAGCAUAGACGGGAUGCCUUUAAACAGAGAGAAGCAUGCUGACGCUUUGACCAUGCUGAUGCAGAGUGGCCAGGAAGCACUGUUCCUGAUUGAGUAUGACGUCUCUGUCAUGGAGGCAGUGCAGCAAGCCUCAGGCCCUCUGCUGGUGGAGAUAGUGAAAAGUCACUCUGCCAGCCUGGGGAUCAGCCUCACCACCACAAUAUACAGGAACAAACAAGUUAUUAUUAUUGACAAGAUAAAGCCAGCCAGCGUGGUGGAAAGGUGUGGAGCGCUGCAUGUAGGUGACAUCCUUCUUUCUAUAGAUGGGACCAGCACAGAGCAUUGUUCUCUGAUGGAGGCCACGCAGCUGCUUGCCAGCACUUCUGAUGUUGUAAAACUGGAGAUUCUCCCAGCCAGCCAGAGCAGGCUUCUUGUCAGACCGCAAGACACAGUAAAAGUGCAGAAGAGCAACCAUCAUCCAUGGGACCAAAGCAGCAACUACUGCCAUCCCCCACAUGCCAACCAUGGCAAGACAUGGAGCAGCCCAAGCCACCCACACAACCAGCAGGACCACUGCAAAUCUCUGGUGAGUGGUGGCUUCUCCCCUUCCUCCACAGCCACCUCAGGCUUCAGCAGCCAGGGUAGCAACACGUUGCCCUGCCCCAUCCCUUCGAUCGCUCCUAACAGUCCCCGCAGCUCGACUGGCAAGAGGAGGAACAGGAAGAAGGACCACAAGAGCUCACGUAUGACAAACCGCCCUGCUUUUUGUUCCACGUUAAAGCAUUGGUUCAACCCAUUGUGUGGGCUGCUGCAGGUUGGGGACAGACUGUUGUCCAUUAAUGGGAUCCCAACUGAAGAUGGCACUUUGGAGGAAGCCCAUCAGCUGCUCAGAGACUCCGCACUGGCCAAUAAGGUCACGGUGGAGAUUGAGUUUGAUGUUGCAGAGUCAGUGGUUCCCAGCAGUGGCACCUUCCACGUUAAACUACCCAAGAGGAGAGGAGUGGAGCUGGGCAUCACCAUCAGUGCAAGUAAGAAACCUGGCAAGCCCCUCAUCAUCUCUGACAUCAGGAAAGGAAGCAUAGCACACAGAACAGGCACUCUGGAGCCUGGAGACAGGCUUCUGGCCAUCGACAGCGUGCGUCUGGAGAACUGCACCAUGGAGGACGCUAUGCACGUCCUGCAGCAGGCCGAGGACAUGGUCAAGCUCCGCAUCCAGAAAGAUGAGGACAACAUUGAUGAGUUGGAGAUGUCCGGCUCUAUAAUCUACACAGUUGAGCUGAAGAGAUAUAACGGACCACUCGGCAUCACAAUUUCUGGCACAGAGGAACCAUUUGACCCCAUCGUCAUUUCUGGCCUCACUAAGAAAGGCCUGGCAGAGAGGACCGGAGCCAUCCAUAUAGGAGACCGAGUCCUGGCCAUUAAUGGGGUCAGUCUGAAAGGAAAGCCACUAAGCGAAGCCAUCCAUCUCCUGCAGAUGGCCGGGGAGUCAGUCACCCUCAAGAUAAAAAAGCAAGCCGACCAGUCUGACGGUCGGCAGCUUCUGGACAGAGAAGCUGGCUUUCUAAGUGAUACAGAGGAUGAACUGACAGACUUCCAGAAGACCAGUAAACACUCAGAGGUCUACUCUGCCACUGUGCCCAGUAUAGACUCUGCAAUGAGCUCCUGGGAUAGCUCAGGGUUUGACGCAGGCUACAGUAGCCAAGGGACAUAUCUUCACAAAGCGUCCGAUAUAUUGCUCAAUCCAAAUGAGUGGCGGCGUACAAAGCACAGGAGCCAAACCGGUUCCAGCACUGCAGGCCUAGUCCACCACCCAGCGCUGUACGAUGGGAGAUUCACUGAGGAUGAGUGGGACAAGAUACCUGGAUUCAUCAGCCCUCCUCGUUGCCAUGGCACCCUGAACCAGGAAGACAGCUUCUGGUCCCAGGCUCUGCAGGACCUCGAGACCUGCGGCCAGUCAGAGAUUCUCAGGGAGCUGGAGGCAUCCAUGACAGGUAGCGCUUUUAGUCUGUACCUAGAGGAGAGCAAGACCAACGAAGACUCAAUGUUUCAGUCUGAAAUUAGUCCCAUUAAGAGGGAUGGAAUUCAUGGCGACCCUAAGAACAAAAGCAACCUGAACAUGCCAACUGGAGCCAGAGACGUACCAUCCCGGGGCAAAGGGGACCCCCCUGAUAUUUUGUCCCCUACCACCCUGGCACUGCACAAGGUGACCAUAAGGAAGGACCUUGAGAGCCGUGACUUUGGUUUUAGUGUAUCAGAUGGGCUCCUGGAAAAAGGGGUUUAUGUCAACAUGAUCCGCCCGGAUGGCCCCGCUGACCAAGCAGGGUUAAAACCUUUUGACCGAAUUCUUCAGGUGAACCGUGUCAGGACCAGGGACUUGGACUGUUGUCUAACAGUGCCCCUAAUUAUAGAGGCAGGAGACUGCCUGGACUUGGUCAUUAGCAGGAAUCCACUGGCAGCAGGAGACACCCGGCUGCCCGACAACUGUGACGACCCUUCAAACCCCCUUUUCUGCUUUCCAGAGCGCCGGACCAACAGCAUCGCCCUGUGACCACAAACACUAGCUUUUGAAAGCACUAUAGCAUCGGGACCCUCACACACAUCACGGACGGUUAAAUUUGUCACAUUGUACCUCUCAGACAGACCUUCACACUCAUGUUCAACACGCCUAAAAGCAUCUCUCACUCACAAAGAUACAAGUGCAUGUGUUCACUAUUGCCAGUUUUAGUCACUGUGUUAACAUGACUCAGAGGAGGCUCUGGCUUCAGGGCAACCCCCUCCCUCCCAACCACUUCCCUCUCCAGAGGCAAAGCCACAUGCAGGAUUAUAUAAGAGGGGGAGUCAUAGCUUCUGACUGAGCCAGAAUAUCAACACACACGCCUCAGCUCUGGAGAGAGUCAAAUGCUGCACACACACUGCACGUUUUUACUAUACUAAUAUGCACAUGCAAUGCUUCACAUGCAUAUAGCACACACACACUAGCACACACACACAAACACACACACUCUGACACACAGGGUGCUGAUGGUUUAAAAUCACGUUGUGCGUAUUUUAGUUAUUUCGGCCACAACUUGGCUCACUGCCCUCGUUUCCAGUCUCUCCUCCACGCUGCCUGCCCCAGAGAGGUGACAGUGUCUCCAAAUAGACAGAAUAUGCUCUCUGUUACUUGCCAAGUAUCAUUAACUACAUUUUAAAGCCCCUUAUAUCUUAAUACCAGGAAUGCUUGUAAAGACACUCUAACCUUUUAUGUUUUAAAGUGGGUGUCCCCUGAUGGAUGGAAAAAUAGUUUCUGAAUGAUUUAAUUUUUUUGUUCCUGUUUCAAUGACUCCACAUCCACAUGUUUACAAAGAUAUUGUUUUCAGUUUCUUUCUAACACUGCGUUUGCACAUGAUGCACAUUUCUCUGACAUGAUCUCUACCCUUUCACUUUUUCACACCUCACUUUCACUAUGUGAAUCUGCGUCUCUGUGGCAUUGCACCAGAAUGACUUAUGGGUUGGUUUGUGAUCAAUCACUGAUGCUUCCUUAAGUGAAUCACUCAUCCUUUCCCAAAACGGAGGAUGAAAUGCCUUUUCAAUUUUCAGUGAUGAAUGAUUUUCUUGUUUUCACUUUCACAUGUGACUGGAUUCAUUUAUCAGUUUUAUUCUUCUCUGCAGUAGCUGUUUUUCCUACCAGUAUCUAUAAGCAUGUUAAGCAUGCAUAGGGUUUGUCCUCAGAAAGUAGCUCUUCCUUACACUAAAACAUCGGAGUAAUCUGUUUGUUCCAACUGAUUCCUUGUGAGGAUGCUCCCUUUUUUAUCAUGACAUUGUGUUUUUAUAAAGCUUUUGUGUAAGAAAAUUUGGCCUGCUCAUCCAACUGCCUCUCUGGAAAUCAGAAACAUUGUUUCAUGUGAAGAUGUUGUGAGAUAGUUGCACUGUCCCGUUUAGAGCAGCCUGAGACUGAUUAAUCCUUGGGAUGGUAACUUUUUUCAAUCUGAUUUCAGACUAAUGUCUUAUAUUAAAUGUCAUGUUGUAUACAGAGGCCUAUUUUUAAGGUUUUAUAUUCAUUUGCUGUAAUGUACCUUUUAUUUUACUGUAUAAUGUAUCAUGGUAUGCAGUGCUUUUUAUUUACAUUACAUGCACAUACAGUAUAGUAUCUUAACGUAAGCUGUGAUACUGAAUGUGGCUAUACAUUUUCUUUGGUUAAUUCCACGUCCUCCCUGAAUACGUCAGGAAUCAUUUCAAAGGAACUUGAAAGAUUUAUUGGAUAUUAUUUUAUUUUUGUUAUUUAUUUAUUAUAAAUUAAGAAAUGUAUUACUUUUUAUGGGAAUAAAGUUAUGAAACCG